AUGCUGUCAACAACCAUUGCACGAUCCUUCGUUCGCUCCGCCCAGAGACCGUGUGUAGUAAGGGCCUUGACGACCUCAUGGACGGGGACAUUCACUGGAAACAGUGACCCUUUUCAUAAUGGGAGCGUUCUCGGCACUCAACCAUCGAAUUUCAACCAUGAUCGCUCCAGCCAUCAAGGCGUACGAGUAGAAUUGCCUGUCAUCCUCCAGCAAGGACACCCCGGAACACCCGUCUUUGUGGGGUUUGCACCCAUGCAGUUACCAAAAGAAGACCCCACAAUGUUUUGGGGACCCCUAGAAGAUGAUACUGCUACAGGUCCACAAUCAACAGAGAUGAUCGUUGGAGAUGAAAUCCAAGGGGAAUCACUCCAGAUGAUGAACCGAAAUGCCAGAUCCAGCAAAAGGCACAAGGCUAAUCAUGGAAAGAGACCUUGUAAUCGAAAUGCGAGACGAUCCAAGAAAAUCAAGCUUGGAAGGCGGCGUCGGUCAUGA